AUUUACUCGGCCAGUUUUACCUUUUCAUCAAAAGCAAAGCUGGUGAUGAUGAUGAAGAACUGCCAAAUCAGAAUCAAUUUGUGGACGGCAAAUUUGCGCAACUUCAGAGGCGAUUCUUUUAGGGACCACACAAUUUUUUGUUACCAGAUUAUGAUGAUCAUUAUGUACAAUAGAAUAUUGCACAUUCUUCCAUUAUAAUCAUUUGCAUACAUGUUUUGACACGUCUCUCUUCCCUGCGGCGUGAGCCGUUUGAUCAACGGUUUUCAUUUUGGAGUACGAGAAAUUGUGGUUUGAGUGCCAGAAAUUGAUAUUUAUAGACCUUCAUGCUUCCCUAACUUCACGGCUUUGCUCUCCUCUUAUUUCAUUUGAGAUCGUGGUGAGGUGCUGGCAAAGUUGUUUGCAAUGUCAGAAAUGGCGUCUGAUUCAGAGCUUGCUUGCGUAGAAGCAUGGUACUACAAUCCCUCGGGAGAAGAUAGCCGACUGCCACAUCAGUAUGAUCCAAACCGUCCCGUUCCUCCUCACCAUCUCACUGAGCUGGGAGUCCUAAUAUGGGAGCUCGAUGCCGAUCAUUACGACAACAAUCCACAACUUGAAAAGAUCAAGAAAGAUCGUGGAUACAACUACUCGGAUAUAGUGACAGUUGCACCAGGAAUGAUGGAAGAUUACGACGCUAAAAUCAAACAUUUCUUCACUGAACAUCUGCACGCUCAGGAGGAAAUCCGAUUUGUGCUGGAAGGAGGAGGUUAUUUUGAUGUCCGUGACUACGAUGAAACAUGGAUCAGGUUUCGAAUCAGGAAAGGCCACCUCAUUGUCCUGCCUCCAGGGAUGUAUCACCGUUUUACCCUGGAUACCAAUAAUUACGUCAAGGCAAUGCGAUUAUUUAUGGGUUUGCCUUGCUGGACUCAGCACCAACGUCCUGCGGAUGACAUGGAAGCCAGGAGGACAUAUAUUGCCAAGGUACUCAACAAUUCGAUUGCUGCACAGUGAUGUCGUAUCAAUCAUUUUUGCCCCGUUAAUAUUGUUAAGAUUAUGAUAUGAUGUAGUUUUUUUGGGGAUAUUUGAUUAAAACCGGGUAACUUAUACCGGGGAGAAGGCAGUAAAAUACAGUUAGUGUACAUUAAUUUUCCCAGCAUGCGUGUGAUUCGUUUGGUAAUCAACCUCCUGGCUGUCUGUUGAAUGAAAUACAAUGCAAGUAAAAUUACCGUUUUGGUUUGUCAAA